UACUAGUCUAUGUCCGAUGGAGUCCUAAACGCUGUCCUAAACGCUAACCGUUGUUUGGAAGCUGGAGUAAAUAUUUGGUGUUAUUGUUAGUUCCCCUGCAACUUCCCAAUGCAUGCACGUUUAGAAUAGAAGAAAACACUUGCAAGAUGUGCUUCCAGCCACUGAAGCUUAUGUACAAAAGACUGACUGGCUGUACAAAAUGCUGCAUCCGAUGUGGAGGCUGUUCCAUAGGAUUUGCGAUUCUGCUCAUUCUGAUAGGGGCCAUCAUGCUUGCAGUAGCACUAAAUGCGCUCGAUCAAAAUGAGGAAAGCACAAAGACAGUAAAGAUCGUCGGUGGAUUAAUGGUGACUAUAGGUGCCGUUUCCAUAAUCGUAGCCAUUAUUGGACUUAUCGUCAUGGUGCACAAGAUCAAGUAUGCGUUAGACAAAGCUGAUGGCAAGAUUCAAGCGCCUAUGGCAGCCAUUCAUCCACCGGCUGGAAGUUAUCCCAAGCAGCAGAUGCUGGAUUCGCCUGAACCUAUGGCUGUAGCCACAGCGCCACCUGAGGAGGAAGUGGAAAAUGUCACUAUCCGUGUUGACUCGAGCAAUCCAUUUGAAGGGAAGGAAUCUCUACCCGGUGGCGUGGCACCCUCAGCACCUUCUCAACAGGACAAGUUCUAGGUUAUGGGCUAUAACAGGAUUCUCUGCUGAACACUGGUGCACAAGGAGCCGACACCACGAGGCAUUUCACUUUCUCUCAGCAGUCUGCAUGCUCGUAGCUGGGUGAGAAGUUGGGUGGAUGGAUACACGUGUGUGUUUUUGAAUGCGUAGUGACUCUGCACAGGGUGAAUGGUGUGCUGUGUUAUCAAUGCUUGGUGUCGCUGCUCACAACAAUUCAAAUAUACGUGUCCCCAGUAUUCCUGAAAAUAUUGACAUAAGUAUCAUAGUAAUACCAUUUAAAAAAAUUUUCAUUGCGGGGAAAGGUAACGAAUUCUCAUGCAAUCGUCUAUAAUUAAUGCGGCAUAUUUGGGUAAGUGCUGUUGUAGACGUAGUACUUAACUCAACUAGUCAUAGCAAUUUAUGGCAAUACUCUCACUCUAGCAACACUGUUCACAGUGAAAGUGCCAUUGCAGUUAACAAAAUACAUUAAUUUGCUAUAUUCUUAACUGCAUAUGCUUUACCGUCGUGGCCUUGUUCAUGCGUUAGACACUGGGACCUGCUCAUGUUCAGUGAAAGUAUAUAACAGAGUAGAUAGAACACAGAAUUUGCUUGCCAUUACUUACGAUCAAGUUUUAUAUGGGGAAUAGUUUUAAUAACUGAAUAUGUGAGUCUGAAUAUAGUGAGUGUAGUGCAAUUUAUCUAUAAAUUUGAGUUCACUUGAUAGAAAGGCAGUAAAUAAUCUAGAACUUUAUGUUUACAAGGAAAUUUACCAAAACAUUGAUCAGUUUGUUUAUGAAUAUAAUUAAUUGAUAUUAUAAGAUGUGUAGAUAAAUCUUAGAAAUGUACUCAUUCUAAAUAAAUAGGUAGUGUAAUUUAUGAAUUAGGAAGUGAAAAGUAAGCAUAAUGAUUUUUGAGGUGUAAAAAACUAACUUACUGCAUAUAAAUUGAGGAAGAUAUUGGAUCUCAAGGAUAUUUCUUGAGAAGGAUAUUAAUAUUUCGUAGUAAAACCCAAGGAACGAGUUGGGGUUACUCUAGAGGUCGCUGAGUAGUGAGGCGUGGUGAAGACUUGCUACCUGGUGGUAGAAGGGCCAUGCUACACCCAUCGUGACAGCAAUGGGCAAUAGUCAUCGAUUCUAAAUUUAAAAGCGACUGUGUUUCGAGUAAUUUCUGUGUGGAGGUGAUGGGGUACUUGGCUGAUAAGUUAGACCAUUUCUUCGUGUGUGUGCAUUAAGUGUGCAGUACUGUAUAGAAAUCCUCUGGAUACCAUUAUAGUAUAGCAUCAGAAUCGGAUUGGAUAACAGCGAAUCGUUUACCAUUAUUCAAAUCAUCACGUGAUCGCUGUGCUGUACAGCCAUGUUGAGGAGGGUUCAUCCUGGAUUAUCAGUCGGGAAGAGCUAUGCAAUAAUCAUGCCUGUGACUUAGUUAUUACCACGAGUGGCUCAUGUGCACGCGAUCUGUGCGAUUUGAUUCAGUAUAGAUUUGUAUUCUGUGCACGGAGAAAGUGAAAAGCAAGAUUGAACAGUCGAAAAAGAGUGGGUGAAAUUUUCGUAUAUUUUUCAUGAUGCGCUGCUAUAUGCAGUAGGAAACUUUUUGGUAGCAGCAACAUAUAUAUUUUUCUUAGCAAAUUGUAAUGGCGAUAUGUGUUUUGUUUGUUUAUGUGUGACAUCUGUUUUAUACUGAAUUCUGAAAUGAAAACUCCUACUUUUUCAUA